CGGGGAAAGCGCCAAACUAUGUAUGUGUUCAGUAUAUUAUUUUGUGUUGUGAUUUGAGAGAAGCUGAAGGAGCGGCUCUAGCCAUGGCACCGCACGAUCUCCGCCGUCCAUUCAAACGACCGUUGAUCUCUGAUCAAGAGAAGCGCAGGCAGCAGUCCCUGCUCCGGCAGGCACAGAAUCGACGCGACGCCCAGAACCAUGCUCGAUUCCUCGCCUCCACCGCCUUAUCGCUCGAACAACCGCACGAACUCGAACCCGAACCCGUAUCAGCACCCGAACUUCACGACGAACUUAUACCUGACUCUGAAGCUCCCGAGUCACCGAAGGAGCUUGACGUGGUUGAAGCGUCGAAGCUGAAAGGCGCGGAGGCUCGGAAAUGGUUCGCGAAACAGCUGAUGCAUCCCGAAUGGAUGAUCGACAUUCCCGAAAAUCUCUCACAAGACUGGUUUGUGUUUGCUAGGCCUUCUGGAAAACGAUGCUUUGUGGUUUCGUGCAACGGCACGACGAUAAGUCGUUUAAGGAACGGUUCGAUACUGCACCGUUUUCCGUCGGAGUUACCGAAUGGUGCGAGAAGAAAGGAUUCCUCUGGUCCUGCUCAGUCUUACUCCAUUUUGGACUGCAUUUUUCACGAGGUGGAUCAGACUUACUAUGUGAUUGACAUGGUUUGCUGGCGGGGCUACUCGCUUUAUGAUUGCGCUGCAGAAUUUAGGUUUUUCUGGUUGAAUUCCAAGCUUGCUGAGACUGGCGCUUGUGAACCUCCCUCGCAUUAUCACAAGUACAGGUUCAGUUUGGUUCCAGUGUACUGCUGCGACCAGAGUGGUUUAUGUGCUGCUUAUACUGGAUCUGUGCCUUAUGUCAAAGAUGGUCUUCUGUUUUAUAACAAGCAUGCACACUAUCAGACAGGAAUUACACCACUAGCAUUGGUUUGGAAGGAUGAGAACUGCAGUCAGUAUGUCAUGGACACAGAUAGCAAAGGACAGGUUCCAAAUCAUCAGCAGGUGGUUUUGGAGCUACAAGAAGGUGGAAAGCUGUGCACUUCCGAUGAUCCUCCUGUAGUAUUUGGAUGUUUAGAUGGAGGCUUUAUGCAUGAGUCAGAGUUGCAUUCAGGAUGUCUUGUACGGUUUGCAAUUGGAGAAGGGGGACUGGUUUUGGUGGAUGGAAAACUUGAGAAAGCUGAUCUAAAUUAUCUAGGCAAGGCCAACCGUGCUCGUGCUUCUGCUGAUAGUUUCUCUAAGGUUAUGUUCCAAUACAGUGUUCGACACUCUCCUCUAAGAAUUGAUGAUUUGUUAGGAUCUGUCAACUCAGCAGCUGAUGAAAGUAACAAAGUUUGUGAUAUUGAAAUGGAUGGUUGAUAGAAAUGUAUAAAGGCUUUCAAGUGUCAGUAUCUUGCACUGAGUCCAAUUUUAACAAGUUUCACCUAAAGUUUUGGUUUGCAAUGAUGUUUAUGCUUUUUGAUGGCUUCCAUAACUUAUAUGAAGGAUUUGCAAAAUUGCUAGCUUCCCACAAGUUCAGAGAGAGGGAGUUGUAUUUGUCAUGUCUAAGAGUGCAAUUUGCCAAAUGCCAACAAAGUUUCUUUAACCAAGAUGGUAGCAGGUGUGCAUAUUCGAUUUCAUUUUGUCUAUGGUUCAUUUGAUGCUGAUGUAAUGUAUCUUAUGUAGUUUUCUACCAUUAAGCAACAUAGAUAGGGAGCACAUGAAUGUAUAGUACAGGCUAUAAAGUUUUAGUGGAGUGAUUUCCACUCAUAUAUUGGAAGUUAUGUGCCA